ACAGUUCAAUCAGCGCUUUGCUCCAAACGCGUACACAGUUUACACGAACACACCGAAUUUCUAUUCAUAAAACAUAAGCAAAAUGUUCAAAUUAUUCGUCUCAUUGGCUGUGCUCUGCUUCGUGGCUACAUGCUUCGGGCAAACAUUUCAAUACUCUCACGGCUGGACCAGUGGCAAGCGCGCUGUGAACACCCAUCGCGAUAAUGAUAUAUCCGAAAUGCUACAACAAGAUGGCGAACGCAAAUUGGAGAGGUGUCUUCUGCAAUUGCAAUAUUUAUUACACAAUCCCCUGUCGAUUCGCGCCGGCGUUCCGGCUUUGACUCCAGCCGCUAGCAAUCUAUUUGGAAAUCAUCAUCAAUCAAAUGAAUUGUACGAAGAAUUGAAUGCUGCCGAGGCGAACGAUUAUGGAAAACACUAAAACCUGAUUAUGCGCGAUAAAAUAUUUAUAAAACGAAACGACUUGUAUAUAAUAUGAUGGAUUCACAGAUUCAAAAUUACUAUGAACGUAGACACUCCUUCUAUAUGUAAAAUUUAAUGAAAAAAUAAAAAAAAAUUCAAGUAAAUCGUGCAAAUAAAGCAAAA